GUGGUUGGCACCCAGCUUCCUCGCUGCCACUUCUUCCGGAGACGACCUAAAGCAGGCGCUUCGAGAAGAUGCACCAGGCAUCUAUUCCUUCGAAAUUUUCAACUCGGAGUUCUGUGAGAAGCUCCUGGAAGAGGUAAGUCAUGCUCAGCAGACAGCCCGCGAGGAGCUGGACCGGCCGAAUGGCAUGAAUAGGUAUGGGCUGGUACUGAAUCAACUCGGCACGGACCUGGGUGAGCUGACUUCGGACGGGCCGCGCCUUGUAAUGACUCACUUUGUUUGGGACAUGUGUGGCGAUCUGCAUUCCAGCAAUGGAUUCGAUGCGGAGUUUUCCGGGGCAACAUUGUCCUUCUGCGGGUUGGUUACUGAUGCCAACCACCGGAAGAUGCAGUACACCUACUCGCACGAGAAGGGCCGUGCUGUGAUCCACCUGGGACGACAGCGCCAUGGCGCCGAUGACAUCGAGUCUGGGGAGCGCAUCAAUUUCAUCCUUUGGUCUGUCAGUGCGAAGUAUCGAGCUUCCGAGGCCUACCAGGACCACCGACUCAGAAGCUCUGCCGCCGACCCGCCAGAUAAGAUUUGUCUCUCCUACACGCACGACCGCGACUACACCAAGUAUCUUGCAAAGCCAACCAAGGCGCAGGCCAUCUCCAGGGGCGUCAUGUUGGAUGUGGUGGAACGCAGACUGGAGAUCUACAACCGGCCAGUGCUGGACCUGGCGAAGCCCAUCGAGGAAGUCAAUUCUGUGCCCAGCGUGUGCUUGUUCAUGGAAGGCUUGCCUCCGUACAGGCAACACCAGCUCUUUCAGUCCAUGAUGGAAGUCGCGGAGGAGGUGCACGAUGCGCUGGGGAAGAAGGAUGGAGAGGUGCCUUCCAUCCUUUUCUUCGUCGCGUUGCAGCCAACAGGGGCUGUACCGCAGGUCCGCAAUCUCUGUGCCGCGGACAGCAGCCCAGCGCUUGCAAUCCUGGACGUGGACAAAGAGAAGCGGUAUCGCUGGGAGUCUGACGAGGACCUUGACGCAGCAGUUUUGCGCGACUUCGUCCGGGACUUCCGAGAGGGCAAGUUGAAGGCAGCGCGCAGUAGCAUGGGUCAUCUGUCAUAA